UUAAAAAUGUUCACUUAAAUUUUUAGUUUAAAAUCUAGGAGAAAUAUUUUAAUGCGUUAGAAGUUUUAAAACGUUUUGUAGUAUUUAAGUUAUUCUAAGAUUAUUUAGAAUUCUAAAUAAAAAUAAUAUGGAUUUGCAAGAUUCUAAACUUACAAGUAAAUAUUUAGGACCACUUCUGGGCGGUGCUUUAGCUGGUUUAGCUGUGGAUGUGGCCAUGUAUCCUCUGGAUACAUUGAAGACUCGACUACAGAGUCAACAAGGUUUCUAUAAAGCUGGUGGAUUCGGAGGCGUCUAUAAAGGCCUGUUGACUGUAGCUUCGACGUCGAUGCCAACUGCUUCCCUGUUCUUUGUCUCCUACGAAGCUACAAAGAAUAUCACACAGCCGUUACUGCCUAUACAAUAUGCCCCUCUGGUGCACUUGCUUGCAGCUAAUAUUGCUGAAGUUCUAGCAUGUCUCAUAAGAGUUCCUACAGAAGUGGCAAAACAAAGAAAACAAACAUUUGUUGGAGGGAACGCGAGCAGCAUAAGCAUAUUGGUCCAGGCGUUCCGUACGGAGGGUCUAUGUAAGGGUGUGUACCGGGGGUUCCUGUCGACCGUGCUGCGAGAUGUGCCCUUCAGCUCCAUACAGUUUCCGCUGUGGGAACUCUUCAAGAAGAUGGUGCAGGACCGGAGCCAUAGCAAAAUUACUAGUUUUGAGAGUGCGGUAUGCGGGGCGGCCGCGGGCGCGCUGGCGGCGGCCGCGACGACGCCGCUCGACGUCGCCAAGACGCGCAUCAUGCUGGCCACAGACGGCUCGGCACACAAGGUGCGCAUAGCCCCCGUUCUGGCCCACAUCUACGCUGAGCGGGGCAUCGGGGGCCUCUUCGCCGGCGUGGGGCCCCGAGUCACGAACAUAUUCAUAGGAGGCUUCGUCUUCUUCGGCAUGUACGAGAAAUGUAAGAUGCAUGUAGAGAUAUAUUUGGACAGCUAACAUUGACUAUUUUACUAUACAAUAUUUUUAUAAGUAGGCAAAUAUAUGUGUAUAUUAUAAUAUAAAUAUCACAAAGUUUUAGCAUUGUUUAAUCUUUCAUAAAGAUUUUAUAUUAAUGUUAAAUUGUUUUAAAAAAAGUGAUAAUAUGUGUAUUAGGUUUUCGUGAUUUUGUAUGACAGUAAUUUGAGAAUGUUGCAGUUGGUAACAUGGUACAUGUUGGUACAUAUUAUUUAUUCAUGUUAUUGAUUGUUACUAUUUUGUCUUGUUUAUAUUACAAGCUUAAUAAUAUGUUUAUAAAUGAAAUGUGCAAUACAGACUGUGAUAUACAAAUUCACAAAUAAAAGUAGCUAAAAGCAA